CGGUCACUCCUCUUGCUGGCGGGCUCCUCUUCUGACGCGGUGGAGAUGGCAGUGAACUUCGCCUGGAGCUUUGCCGCACUUUGCUAUUUAGCACUCUGGGGCUUCACCAGGACCUCAGAUGCUACAGAUGUACCACCACCUAAUUCGACCAUGAAACCUGGCUUCCCUGUCCCGAUGAACACCAACAAUCCUGGUGUCCGCAAGGCAGCUCGCUUUGGGGUUUACAGAUACAACAACAGUUCCAAUGACCUCUUUCUUUUUAAGGAAUCACAAAUAAACAAAGCUAUGGUACAGAUUGUCAGAGGGCUGAAAUACAUGCUCCACGUGGAAAUUGGACGCACCGUGUGUGAGAAGAGGGACCACUCGAGCCUGGACAGCUGUCACUUCCAGAGGAAAAAAAACCUGCAACAGAUGCUGAGAUGCUAUUUUGAGGUCUGGAUAACGCCUUGGUUACAUAAAGCACAUGUCCCCGUUGCUCUCUGUCACUGA